UUUCUUGAGCCCUUUCUCUGCUGCAGGGCUGUCUUCACGACGUUUUACGACAGUGCCGUGCGCGAGUACGCCGUCGUUACCGAGUGAAGUGCGUCUCUUUGGAGCAGAUACCGGCUGAGGGAAACGCAGCAACAAGAGAAAGGAAUACAUUUCGGGCUCGUUUUCCACCUGGACUACCACCGAGCACGGCGCAUCCCCUCCGGUACGAACAAUUCAACCCGAAAACUCGAUGUGGAAGCUGGGCUGAGGGAAGAAAGGGCCACGCUGGGGACGGCAACUAGCUGAAUUACCAAACCGAGCUCGUUGGAGUAGCCUAGUUGCCUCCCAAGCGACGCUUUAAAAAAGGAAGGAGCGGACACAUUUUGCCCGAACAGAGGUGAAAAUGGACUAUGAUUUUAAGGUGAAGCUGACCGGCGAAAGAGAGCGUGUCGAGGACCUGUUUGAGUACGAAGGAUGCAAAGUGGGAAGAGGCACCUACGGUCAUGUAUACAAGGCGAAGAGAAAAGAUGGGAAGGAUGAUAAGGACUACGCCCUCAAGCAGAUUGAAGGCACUGGCAUCUCCAUGUCAGCCUGCAGAGAGAUUGCACUGCUGCGGGAGCUGAAGCACCCCAAUGUCAUCUCGCUGCAGAAGGUUUUCCUGUCACAUGCAGACCGUAAAGUUUGGCUGCUCUUCGACUACGCUGAACAUGAUCUCUGGCACAUUAUUAAGUUCCACAGAGCGUCCAAGGCCAACAAGAAGCCACUUCAGCUGCCGAGAGGAAUGGUCAAGUCUCUGCUCUACCAGAUCCUGGAUGGCAUCCAUUACCUCCACGCCAACUGGGUCCUCCACAGAGACCUUAAACCAGCCAACAUUUUAGUGAUGGGGGAAGGGCCGGAGAGGGGUAGAGUAAAGAUUGCGGACAUGGGGUUUGCCCGUCUCUUCAAUUCACCGCUGAAGCCUUUAGCCGAUCUCGACCCUGUGGUGGUCACCUUCUGGUACAGAGCACCUGAACUACUGCUGGGGGCUCGGCACUACACCAAAGCCAUCGACAUCUGGGCGAUUGGCUGCAUCUUUGCAGAGCUGCUGACGUCUGAGCCCAUAUUCCACUGUCGCCAGGAGGAUAUCAAGACCAGUAACCCUUACCACCACGACCAACUGGACCGCAUCUUUAACGUCAUGGGUUUCCCUGCUGAUAAAGACUGGGAGGACAUCAAAAAGAUGCCAGAACACUCCACGCUGAUGAAAGACUUUAGAAGGAACACAUACACAAACUGCAGCCUUAUAAAGUACAUGGAAAAACAUAAAGUCAAACCAGACAGCAAAGCAUUCCACUUGCUGCAGAAGCUGCUGACCAUGGACCCCAUCCGUAGAAUCACAUCUGAGCAGGCCAUGCAGGACCCCUACUUUUUGGAAGAGCCCCUGCCCACCUCUGAUGUGUUUGCAGGCUGCCAAAUCCCCUACCCCAAGAGGGAGUUCCUGACAGAGGAGGAGCCGGAGGACAAGGCAGACAAAAAAAACCAGCAGCAGCAACAGGGAAACAACCACACAAAUGGGGCGGGGCACACCGGCAACCCUGACAACAGCCACGCCCAGGGCCCGCCUCUGAAGAAAGUGCGAGUUGUCCCGCCCACCACUACCUCAGGUGGCCUCAUCAUGACCUCAGACUACCAGCGCUCCAAUCCACAUGCUGCCUACCAGAACCCUGGACCAAGCACAUCACUGCCCCAAAGCAGCAUGGGAUACUCCUCUACCUCCCAACAGCCGCCCCAGUACUCCCACCAGACCCACCGCUACUGAGACACCCCUCACACACACAUACACAUACGUGCAUACACUUACACACACACACACACACACACACACACACAUACAUAUAUAUAUAUAUAUAUAUAUAUAUAUAUAUAUAUAUAUAUAUAUAUAUAUAUAUAUAUAUAUAUAUAUAUAUAUAAACACGCAUACACAGCCCUCACCAUGCCCACCUGAACGAAUGUACUGAGGGAUGUGGGGAUGUCCAAGGCAACAACCCACCCCACCCCACAGAGGGCACUUUUCUUCUGCAGCAGUCUGUUAGGUCAGAGUGACAACAGUCUACACUUCUUCAAGAUAACACACCCAUAACCCCAGUAUUAGAAACACACCUAUAGAGCAAACGCUGACAGGUGAAACACAAGGCGGGAGGAUGAGGAGAACGGAUUCUACGCUCGAAUCCAACCUGUUUCUGUUACUCAAACCAGCCAAGAGAAGAUGGCUCGGUUUGGGGGACACGUGUUAAUCUACUGUGUCAUCUCCUCCCCUCUUCUUCUACACCUGUCUCCACACCCCCAACUACACCUCCACCCCUGCCAGUUACCCCCAUUCCUGUUGAAGCUUGGAUGAGACUGAAAGCUGCUAUGUGACUGCCAGCGGUGACAGAUACCCUGUCCGACUGUCCUCCUGUCUGUCUGUCUGUCUGUCUGUCUGUCCGUUUAUUUUGUGUGUGUGUGGCCCUCCGAGGGCCUCAGCUGAGGACUGAACUGAGCUGCUGUGAAGCAUGCUGGGAGGAUGUGGAGCCCCCACAGCUGUGGCGUUGAGGGUUUUUCUUUCUUUUUUUUGUUCAGAAAGGACAAAAAAAGAUGACAAAAAAGAUUUUAGUAGUUUAUAAUUUAAUCUGUUUUCAUGGUUUUGUUUUCAUGGCGAGUAUGGCGGAGUGCUGUGGGCAAGCCUUACAACGUGAUGACAAAACCAACCAAUCGCAUGGAGGACGGCAGAUGGAACAUGCAUUGUACUGUAUUGUAUUGAAAUAUUUUACAUGAAGCAAGUACCCUGACAAUAAAAGUGGAAACAUU